AUGCUGGGCAGGGUGCGCACGGCGGUGGCGCGGCUGGUGGGGGGCCUGGGGCCCGCGCCCGGCGCUCAGCCCCCGGGGGACUCGCCUGCGCCGCCCCGGGUCCCGCCCGGCCCGGCGGCUUCUCCAGACCGGCCUUUCUGCAGCUCACCGCGGAGGAGCUGCGGCGGGCGGCCGAUCACGCGGGCCCGAGCCGUGCAGAGCCCCCGGGAGCCCCGCCGCCGCCUGCCCUGGAGCACCGGCUACGCCGAGGGUCUCGCCUUGUGCAAAAGCGCAGCCCUUCGCCUUGUUCCCAUCGGCUCCACGCGCGGAGAGCAGAGCCGAGCACGCAGCCGUGUUUAACUCUCCAAGGGCACUC